CCGGAGUAUCUGAAUUCUGACGACGAGCCCUCCUGGUGUCCUACUUCCUGCGUCUGUGAGACUAAUUUGAAGGAAACCCAGGCAGACGAAGAUGCAGAUUUUCGUGAAAACCCUGACGGGGAAGACAAUCACUCUCGAGGUCGAGAGUUCUGACACCGUUGACAACGUCAAAGCUAAGAUUCAGGACAAGGAAGGCAUCCCUCCUGAUCAGCAGAGAUUGAUAUUUGCUGGUAAACAAUUGGAUGAUGGUCGAACUCUUGCAGACUAUAACAUCCAGAAGGAGUCAACACUUCACCUGGUUCUGAGGCUUAGGGGAGGUACUAUGAUCAAGGUGAAGACUCUCACAGGGAAAGAAAUUGAAAUUGACAUUGAACAAACUGAUACCAUUGAGCGUGUCAAGGAGCGAGUUGAGGAAAAAGAAGGGAUUCCUCCUGUGCAGCAAAGACUCAUCUAUGCUGGGAAGCAGCUUGCAGAUGACAAGACAGCUCGCGACUACAACAUCGAGGGUGGCUCUGUGCUUCAUCUGGUGCUUGCUUUGAGGGGUGGAAGUCUCUAAAAUAAGUGUAAUUUGUUACUUCAGGCAUUGGCCUAGCAAUACAACUUUGAUAGACAAAUCGAGUUUUGACUAUGCUGCUGUGUGGAUGAACCAAACGACAUGACAAGAAACAUGUGCUAUAUUAUUCUUGAUCAAAAAAUUUGAUGUCACAUUUUCGGUUUUGAUGA